UGUGCCCGCGCAGCUCUCACCGCGGUCCCCUUAUUUGGAUCUGCGGGAAUGUGGGCUGGAGCGGUCCUGCAGCGGUACCAACCUCCAGCCUGUCGCCUGGACUGCCCCUGACCCAGGCGCCCCGCUGCUCGGUGGCAGGAGGGCCGGCGGAGCGCCAUGGCCUGCAUCCUGAAGAGAAAGUCUGUGAUUGCAGUGAGCUUCAUAGCAGCAUUCCUCUUCCUGCUGGUUGUGCGCCUUGUGAAUGAAGUGAAUUUUCCAUUGCUACUAAACUGCUUCAGACAACCUGGUGCAAAAUGGAUACCAUUCUCCUAUACAUACAGGCGGCCCCUUCGAACUCACUAUGGAUACAUAAAUGUGAGGACGCAAGAGCCUUUGCAACUGGACUGUAACCUUUGUGCCAUAGUGUCAAACUCAGGUCAGAUGGUUGGCCAGAAGGUGGGGAACGAGAUAGAUCAGUCUUCCUGCAUUUGGAGAAUGAACAAUGCCCCCACCAAGGGCUAUGAAGAGGAUGUUGGCCGCAUGACAAUGAUUCGAGUUGUAUCCCAUACCAGCGUUCCUCUUUUGCUGAAAAACCCUGAUUAUUUUUUCAAGGAAGCAAAUGCUACUAUUUAUGUUAUUUGGGGCCCUUUCCGCAAUAUGAGGAAAGACGGCAAUGGCAUUGUUUACAACAUGUUGAAAAAGACUGUUGACAUCUAUCCCAAUGCCCAGAUUUACGUGACCACGGAGAAGCGCAUGAGUUACUGUGAUGGAGUGUUUAAGAAGGAAACUGGGAAAGACAGAGUCCAGUCUGGCUCUUAUCUCAGCACGGGUUGGUUUACCUUCAUUCUGGCCAUGGAUGCCUGUUAUGGCAUUCACGUCUACGGGAUGAUAAAUGACACCUAUUGCAAGACAGAAGGGUAUAGAAAAGUCCCCUACCAUUACUAUGAACAAGGAAGAGACGAAUGUGAUGAAUAUUUUCUCCAUGAACACGCCCCAUAUGGGGGGCAUAGGUUUAUCACUGAAAAGAAAGUGUUUGCUAAAUGGGCUAAGAAACACAGGAUAAUAUUUACACACCCAAACUGGACAGUGUCUUGAUGUUGGCUUUUCUGACCUUGCCACACCACUUGACAUGAUCAUGAUACUGCAACUGUGAUGCUAAUGAUGCUGAUGCUGGUGAUGAUAAAGGCAACAACAAUGAUGAUCAAGUUUCCGUACAUUCUCAGACAUGGAUGGUGAUUCUGCCAGUAAUUUGAACUUGGAAUUUCGUGAAGUGUAGUUGUGCUCAUUAUGUUCUUUCUGAAGGUUCAACAUUUCAUACUGCACUUUAUAAUCUAACUGGAAUUGAAAUAAAGGCCAGUAACAUGACAAGAGUGACCUAAGAAAUGGGAAGAUUAUCCUUCAAGAUAGUUGCCCAGGAUUCUUGGACAGUGAGUAAUUUCCAAAAGCCCUGGGAUUUGGUCUCAUGAGGCAAAGUUAUUGACUCUGCUGUCUGUUGAACCUGAGCAGCUCCACCAUCUUGAAGAAUGGUUGAUUGUCAAACACUGACCCAAGAAAUGCUUUCUGGGUACAAGGGUCUUGCCACAGUAACUAGUUGGCCUGGGGGGCAGGAAAGGAAUCUCUUCCUGACUUACCAUCUUCCUACAGUACCUCCUACAGCUAAAGCCUCAGGCCAUUUCCUAAUUCACAAGGAAGAUAUGGACAUCCUACCCACCGGGAUUACUUGACUAUCUCAAACACUUCAUUCGAAAUGAGCUAACUAGCAAAUCUUUUUGAAUUUCUACUCUCAUCACUCCAUUCUUACUACCCCCCAAAAUAUAACUAAACAUAUUACUAGAAUGAUCUGUAUUAAUGUUUAGUUAUUUUUGGUUGAGUGCUAAAUAUUUCAGAAAGCUAUUCAACAAGUAAGAUACCAACACUGUAGUAACAUAGACUGUGAAAACAUUCUUAAAACAUAACCAAAAGGGUUUACUAACUCUGCUUCAACAUCCAACAACACAACAUUUUAUGCUUUUUAAAAUCAUGAAACAGGGAAAGCAAAGCAUAUUUUUACAUCAAUUUGUAUCCUACCAUACUUCAUAAUAUAUAUUUGUAUAUUCAAAUUUCUAUUUUAUAGGCCCAAGAUGUGUCUCUCCACACAUUUCAUUAUCAUUGCCAAAUGCCAACUGUUAGACAUGGAGAGGAAAUGAUUCCUUGUAUUUAAUCUGACCAGAGCUUUUGCCUUCUUGGGGUUUAUUUUCCCCAAACUGUAUCGGUUGCUAUACCAUAAUAACAACAAUAAUAAUGACCUUGAUGUCUAAAGUGCUUUGUCAUGUAGAGUACUUUCACAUAUGCUGUCCCAUGUGAUGCCCGUGACCACCCCAUCAGGCUAUUGCCUAUGCAUUCUGACAUAUUAGCAGAUGAUCUCUAAUUUGUUAAUUGCUACUAUAUAUUCCAGAUGGCUCCCCUUCCUAAUAUUUGUAUAGAAUAGAGUUUAUGUAGACUAGUAACCAAUUGAUUUCAGUGCCAAAUACAAUGUAUUAUAUCAGGAUUAUGCAAAAAGUAUCCCAAGGAUGGCCCUGGCCAUAAACUAGGAAUCCUGUGAACAAAAGUACUUUUGAUUUUUUUUUUUUU